UAAUUACUGAUCUGGAACCAGCUUGUCCCCACAAAAACAAUUUGUAACAUACAAGAUAACUGGCUGAACUGAUUCCAUGUCAGUGUUAGAUAUAACUUUACAUCAUCCUUCUACUUCAGUCUCUUGUUUCCUGAUUUGACCCUCAGCUGCACGAGAGCCAGUUUUUAAAUGGUUAACUGGCAGUUCGGUCUGUCUGAAUUCUGCAGGUGAGGCUGGUUAUUUUAUUCACAAUUAUGAUAUUGCAAACUCUACACUGUAUGUAGCUUUGGCAGUUUUGCAUGUGGUUUAUUAUUUUUAUUUGAACGAAUGUGGAUGUUUAUUUUGGCAUGCCACAUUUGGGUUUUUAAUCUUUUUCUGAAGGUCUCAAAUAAUUAUAAUCAAGGAAUGGUUAUCGCCCCCAAAAUGUCCUAUUCCACAGAUUCAUCUGUAUUUGAUUUUUUGCAAAGAAAUCAUCCUGAUCACUUUUUGUUCAAAAGACAAAAAUCAUGUAAUUUAAUCUUCAUAUGUUUGGUUCCAUUUAUAAAUAAUGAACUGGUUUUUAAAUGAUGAUGUGUUGUCUGUUCUGGGGUUUAUUAUUUCUUAUAUAUCUUUUAUCUAUAUUCUUUACUAGAUUAAAGUUCACUUUAGAAUAACGGCAAGAUGUAAAACAGAUGUCACAUAUUCAGACAAACCCAACAGCAACAAAUACAGACCACAGCUGCUUCUGCUUUUAAAUUUUGCAGAUAAGAAAACGUGUUAGUUUUAAAUAUUAUUUACAUGCGUUGUUGCCUACUCAUGAAAUGUUGCCAUUGUUCUUGUUUUUGUUAUAAAUUAAAGGGUUAGUUCACCUAAAAAUGUACAUUCUGAUGUCAUUUACUCACCCUCAUAACGUUCCAAACCCAUAUGACUUCCUUUUUACAUGGAUGAUAAGAGAAUUUCAAUUCACAAUGAAAGUGAAUAGGGAAAUACAGUGAAAUGAGUUUGGAACAACAUGAGGGUAAGUAAAUUAUGACAGAAUUUUAAUUUUGGGUGAACUAUCCUUUUAAUUACUUGAAAUGCCUUCAACUGAGUAUCCACAAGCUUUCAUUUGCAUGACAUGUGGCCAUUGUGGUGACUGAAGUGUUGAAAAUAACUGUCAACUAUUGCGAGAAUGAUAUAGCUGCAGGCCGAGCUCCUUAAAGAGGCAGGAGCUCCAAACCGCCAGCAAAAAUGUACAGAGCCCCUACACUAACCCUGUAGAAGUGUCACACAUUUUGGAGUUGGCCUACUUGACUAUUGCACAAGUCACAAAAAUAGUAUCAUGUAGGAAAUAAGUGAUUUUAAGGUACUGAGUGAAGAGAGCAGCUUUAAACACCAUGUCUGAUCUGAGCUGUGGGGCGGGGGUGGACUUCAUGCAUGUUUUAACACAUUAUCUUUAUCAGAACUUUAUCAUACUUAUUAAUUGUAUACUUAAAGCAUAAUGAAAGAAGAAACUUAAGCUGCUAAUAAUGUUUUCCAACAACUCCUGGUUUCUACUCAAAUUUAGAGUCACUGACAUUUACUUCUCAGUUGACCCCUGCCUUUGGCGUGUGUGCAGGUGCGAUGUCGACUGCGCAGUUGUUCAAAUCGAACCUCUUCAUGAGCGCUGGGACUUAGUGGAGGCAUGUGCGGAACUACUGAACACCCAAUGGCAACGCAGUAUGGGGGCGCGAAUGCACUCCCUCCAUCAAUCGGGCCACAACUAUCCUGUGUGUCUCCUCCUACUGAAGGGGAAGAGGCUGAGUCAAGAUGAGAAGUUAAUCGGCCAUGCCCGCUUAUCCCGCAUACUGGGAAGCCAUAGUCUGUUUGUAGAGUCUGUUGUGGUGUGUAGCACACUGCGAGGGAAGGGCUAUGGGCGUAUCUUGAUGGAGGGUGUAGAGCAAUAUGCAAAGGCACGGGGCUGCACCCGAUUGUGCCUAACCACCCAUGAUAAGCAACACUUCUAUGCCCAUCUGGAUUUUGUGCUGUCCAAACCUGUCCAGAGUGUCGGUACGCUGGCAUCCUUCGUGUCUAUGGAGGUGCUGCACAAGUUCUGUAGGACUGCGGAGAAUGAGGAUGAGAUGAAGAGUGAUGCUGCUAAAUUAUCUUCAAAAUCAAUAAAUAAUAUGACACAGUCUGCAUCUUCACCGAUUCUGCCUCCACCACCUCCUCCUCCUCCUCCUCCUCCUCCUCUGUCUGGCUCUGUUCCUCCACCACCUCCAUCUCCUGCUCCUUUGUCUUGGACUCCAGUUACUCAGACUCUGGAGCAAACACCAUACACAGACAACAGAGGGCUGCCUAUCUUCUGGAUGCACAAGGACAUCUGAAACAAAUACACAAACGCAGUGUUUACUGUGUAAUAUAAACCUGUUUGAACUUUGGUGACUUAAAACACUGUGACAAUCUUAAUGUGCCUUAAUACCAAAGAUUUACUUUGUGUUUUAACUGCUAUUUAUGUAAAGUUUUUAUUGUAAAAUCAGUUGAAGGUUGACAAAUUUCUCUGGACCAGAUAUAUUUGCUGACAUUUUGACACCUGCCUCAGUUUAAAUGACUAUCUCAAAA